AUUCAGAACUAAAAUAACUAAAUAAAUAACAUAAGCAUAAAAUGUCAGCUUAUGGUCAAUAUAGUCACGCAUUGGUGAGCCGAGUGCCCAAUAGUAUAGUGAAUGCCCAGAAUAUUGGGGAUCCCAUUAAACUGUAUGAUGCCGUAGAGCAGCACAACACUUAUGUUAACACAUUAAAGGCGUGCGGACUCACUGUCAUUGAAUUGCCAGCCGAUGAACAGUUCCCCGACUCGGUCUAUGUCGAGGACCCGGUUGUCAUCAUUGAUGGAGUGGCACUGAUUUGCAAAAUAGGACACCCGACCAGAGAGGACGAGGUGAUUAGAGUGAGAAAAGUAUUGCGAGAGUUAGGCGUUCCUUGUCUUGAGAUAACUGAUCCCAAAGCAGUUCUCGAUGGCGGAGACGUCAGAUUUACGGGAAGGGAAAUAUUAGUCGGCAUUUCAAAAGAUCGGACCAACUAUUGUGGUGUUAAAGCUCUGGAAAAGGCUUUCCCUCAAUACCCAGUGGUGGCCGUUAGAGUACCCGACAAUUUACUUCACUUUACGGGCUGUAUGUCAAUGGUUGGACCCGAUGUCAUGUGUAUUAGCUCUACACCAGAGGGACAAGAGAUUCAAAGAUUCACAGAUCAGAAUAUCCGGAUGUAA